AUGCUAAGACUUCUUCGCGUCCGCACUAACGCGAGACUUGCCGUUCGUUCUUACGCGUCUUCUACCAUAAAGGUAGGGCGCACCCACCAUGAACCUACAACGGCUGGAUCUCCUGAUUCUUCAAUACUGAAACCGGCAUCAUACGUGGACCUGCCUCCUCCUUCGGAAUGGCGCAAAUACUUUCGAAGCGAUACUCUCUUAACCCGAGACCGCGCUUCAAUAAAGGAUCAAGACACUGCGAAUGCAAUGGCUGAGGCAUUUGUGCCGGCAGGUUCGGAGGGGAAAGUCAUUAUUGAGGCGUAUCCUGGUCCUGGCGCUUUGACACGGGCUCUAAUGAAUCUGCCAAAGUCGAGAAUUAGCAAGCUCAUAGUACUGGAGGACCAUGAACCGUACUUGGACUUUCUCUCGCCUCUGGAAGCAAUUGACCCCCGAGUCAAGGUCAUCCCAAUGCCAGGAUUCUCGUGGGACUCGUACGAGAAAAUUCGUUAUGAAGGGCUCUUGGACGACGUAAAACAUGUGGACUGGGAAACUUUACACCCUCAGUUGCAAUUCGUUACACAUUUCCCGAUGAAUAUACAUGGCGAACAACUCAUUGCCCAGUUCCUGCGAUGCAUACCGGACAAGCAAUGGUUAUUCCAGUAUGGUCGCGUCCCUCUCAGUUUCGUGCUUAGUGAUUAUGUGUGGCAGAGAGUCCAAGCGGGCCCACAGUCCCGAACACGGUGUAAGCUCAGUAUCGUUGCUCAGGCCGUAGCUCAAUACGACUUCGCCGUCCCAACGGAGAGACUGUCGCCAUUCGCGAAGCACUUUCAUCCGAAACCCAGGACCCCUUUACCCUCUACAGUCAAGCAUCACAACAAAGUCGAGAAUCGCAAAAUAGGUAUUCCGUUCCAGGCCAUUAAUGUGACACCGUUAGUCCAUCCGGCCAUUGAACCAAGCGUACUCCAUAAAUGGGAUUACUGCCUUCGUCGGUUAUUUGUACUCAAGUCCAAGGCACUAAAGGAUGCUAUCCCGGCUUUGGCACCAGGUGCACAAGUCCUCCUCAAGAAGCUAGACAGUCCCGAUAUCCCGCCAGAAGAUCGUGUCAAUAUCAAGACAGAGGUUCGGAAGCUGAGUGUGAGUGACUGGGCAAAAAUAAUCACCGUCUUCGACGAGUGGCCUUUCGCUCCUGAGGAUCUGGCCAUCUCGGACAUCUUCACUUCGGAGCGAGAGAAAAAUUGA